AUGGUUGUCCCUAAGGCUAAAGUGCCGGAUAUUCUACAGCUGUACCAUAGUGGUUGUUCAGGAGGCCACCUGGGAGUUAAACGAACUCUCCUGAAGAUCCGAGAACGGUUUUACUGGGUCCACUGUCGUGACGAUGUCGAGGACUGGUGCCGCAAAUGUACAAGUUGUGCGGCUGUAAAGGGACCUCAAAUUCGUAGUAGAGGCGCAUUGAAAUUGUACAAUGUUGGUGCACCAUGGGAGAGGAUAGCCAUUGACGUUGCGGGGCCGUUUCCAGAAACUGAAAGUGGUAACAAGUAUUUCAUGGUAGUGAUGGAUUACUUCACUAAGUGGCCAGAAGUCUUCGCCAUUCCAAAUCAAGAAGCUUCAACAGUUGCAGAUAAACUAGUUCAUGAAGUCUUCUGUCGUUUUGGAGUACCUUUAGAGAUUCACAGCGAUCAAGGAAGGAAUUUUGAGUCUCAAAUAUUCCAGGAAACUUGCCGAGUUAUGGGUACUCAGAAAACACGAACAACUUCUUACCACCCACAAUCUGAUGGAAUGGUAGAAAGAUUUAAUCAGACAUUGGAGAGGUACCUAGCAAAAGUUGUGGAAAAACGGCAACGAGACUGGGACAGGCACAUACAACCGUUUUUGUUGUCAUAUCGAAGCGCUGUUCACGAAAGACAUCAGUGA